CUCAUAUUAAUGAAAACAACGAAAAAAUAACCGGAUUUCGAUGUACAUCUAUUUUUACCAUAUAGUAUUGGACGCUUGAUUCGUGUUGUACUAUUGGUAGUGAAAUAAAAUCGCAAAUACAAGGUUUACCUUUCACAACUCGAGACGACACAGUUGACCAUGGGCCGGGGCAAAGGAGGCGAGGAAUAUUGUGUGGCUUGCGGUGCGGCAGUUCUUUGCUGCUGCGUCACCGUUCUCGCGGUCGGCCUGGCGGGACUCGGCAUCGCUAAGAUCGUAAUGGGCGCUAUCUACCUCCACCACUGCGACAUUGAGAAGAUGAUCCCGAUCUACCUGAUCGUGAGCGGUGUGGUGCCGUUGUUCUUCAGCAGCUUUAGCCGCCGCGACGAGGACCGAGGCUUCGGUGUAGCCGAUAUUUGCGGCCUGCUUGCCUUCCUCUUCAACACCGCCUGGCUAGUGUGUGGAAGCAUCUGGGUGUAUCCUAACUACGGGAAGCUGACUUCAGACCAGUACGUACCUUGCUCGGAGACGGUUAAAAACCAAUGUGUUCGCGGCACGUGCUCCAUGACCUUCAUGACCUUCGCCUUUUCCAUGGUUACCAUAGACUGGAUAUGUUUCGGGCUCGGGAUGGCAUUUCUGGCAUCGGUCUACUGUCGGGCCGCGUGCCGGGACUGAGUCUUCUAUCUGUAGAAUAGUAUACUGUACCGUUUGUGUCAGGCGUCAAUGUAUACGUACGAACGUCAGCGUAAUAAAACUCAUAUGUUCAUUAUUGGCCGUAAUUUCAGAGUUAACUUACAUGUACGAUGUCAUUAUACACAAAGAGACACAUAUUCAAACAUAAAUAAAACAUAUGAAUUAUAUUGAAAUAAACACAACAACUAUUCUGGGUUAUAAACAUAAAAUAAUUCAUAGCCGUUCGUUUAUCAAUAAUAAUCAAUCAAAACUCCUCUUACCAUCAGUACUGCAACGAAUUUAAUGGCAAUUUUCAUGUACGCACGUCAUUAAAGUAAAGAUCAAUUAAAUUAAUGUAUUUUACUUUUCUGUAGAAUGAUAUGGCGCAAAACGCAACCACAUCUAUAAUAUAUAGAUAAAUAAAUUGUUCAUAACAUGACGCACACAAACAGUUAUUAUAAUUUCACGAAGAAAGAUGCACAAACACAGUUGUCAUAAAUAUUGUUACAAUAGUAACUUUGUUAUAUUAUUUUUGAAUAUACUCUUCAUUUUGUCGUUUAUCUACUUUAUUUAACUUGAUUUUACGAGUUUACAAUAUUAUUAAUCUUUUUGGCAUAACUCUUCUUCACGCAUGGCAUUAAUCAACUGUUCGACGCGUAUGCAAAUGUAAAAUACAUUUAUAUGGCCUA